GUCGGGAUAUGGAUGCGUAUAAGUGAGCCGCCCACGAGCGCGGUGCUGUCAGCUUUUGAGCCCACCCUUCGAUCACCGUCAGCAGGAUGUCUCCCACCAUUUAUCUCGUCACUGGCGCAAACCGCGGAAUCGGCCUCGCCAUAGCUACCCAGCUCGCCAACCGCCUCGACACAAUCGUCUUCGCCGGCGCGCGCAACCCCGCGCAGGCAACCGACCUUCACGCCCUCGCCACCGCGCACCCCGGGCGCAUUCACAUCCUCAAAGUUGUGUCCGCGGACCGGGUCAAUAACGACGCCGCAGUCGAAGAGAUCAGGCGAGCGGCCGGGCGGCUCGACGUCGUGAUAGCGAAUGCGGGCAUCAGCGACUGCUUCGUGUCGGCGUUGGAGGUGCCUACAGAGGAGAUGAUCAGGCAUGUUGAGGUAAACACGAACGGCCCCCUCGUCCUCUUCCAAGCGGCAUACCCGCUCCUGAGCGAAAGUCCGUCGCCAAAGUUCGUCCCCGUCACCUCUGCCAUGGGCAGCAUCGCGGACGGGACGACAUACCCCAUCUACACAUACGCCUAUGGUGCAUCGAAGGCCGCUCUCAACUGGGUGACGCGCAAGUUGCACUUUGACUUCCCGGAGUUGGUCAUCUUCCCCAUCGACCCGGGAGGCACCGAUACCGACUUCGUCAAGAAUGCCGUUGAGAAGGACGAGCGAAUGCGGGAGUUGAUGCAAUCCUUCCCGCUCAUCACGACGGAGACAAGCGCGCGAGGCAUCCUAGAGCAAGUCGACGCCGCGACAAGGGAGACGCACGGCGGCCAGUUCGUCAACUAUGCCGGCUUGGGGAAGUGCGAUUGGUAG